AUGGAUUUUUCUACCCGUAUAGUGCUUAUUGUACUAUCAAUUGCUUAUGUCAAUCUUGUUUCAAUAAAAGCAACCAUGGCAGAUGCUUCGUCAAAUCAAUUCGCAGGGAAGUUAAGGCAAUCAAAGAAUGCAGUUCCUUGUAAUUUUGAUUCCCUUACAGUACGUGCUAAGCUUCGCUAUGAUCCUGAAGCCAUUGGACUUGCCUCAACUGACUAUGGUCAUAUUGUUCGAGAUAUUCCUUUUGCGGUUCUUUAUCCUACAUCUAGUGACGAUAUUACUGAACUUAUCAAAUUUUCUAACAAAUGUCCCCUCCCAUUUAAUGUGUCGGCACGAGGCUAUGGACAUUCUGUUAGAGGACAGGACAUGUCACAUAAUGGGAUCGUAGUGAAUAUGCUUUCUUUAAAUGAACAAUAUAAAAAUGCGACUGGAAUUAGGGUUUCUACAGCAGGACAUUAUGCAGAUGUUGGGGGUGAACAACUGUGGAUUGAUGUAUUGAAUGCCACCCUACAACACGGCCUUGCACCUGUUUCAUGGACUGACUAUUUGUACCUAACUGUUGGGGGUACACUUUCUAAUGCUGGAAUCAGUGGACAGACCUUCCUACACGGUCCACAGAUUAGCAAUGUUCUUGAAAUGGAUGUUAUUACAGGUAAAGGGGACUUCAUGACUUGCUCCAAAGACAAGAAUUCAGAAUUAUUUUUUGCAGUUUUAGGAGGUCUAGGGCAGUUUGGCAUCAUAAAUAGGGCAAGAAUUGUCCUAGCAAAAGCACCAAAAAGAGUGAAAUGGGUGAAAAUGCUAUACUAUGAUUUCUCAAUCUUUACGAGAGAUCAAGAACAUCUUAUCUCAAUCAACGGCCUAGAUUAUUUGGAAGGCGAACUCAUGAUGGACUACACUCCUAUAGAUGACUGGAGAUCGCCCUUUUUCACACCUUAUAAUGAAUCCCAAAUUUCUUCUCUUUUGAAGAAGCAUGGCAUCCUCUAUUGCAUAGAGAUGGUGAAGUAUUAUGAUGAUGAGACCGCCAAUUUAGUGGAUAAAGAAGUUCAAAGGCUGCAGGUCGGAUUGAACUACAUUCCUGGUUUCUCUUUCACAAGAGAUGAAACCUAUGUUGAUUUCCUCAAUAGAGUUCGACAAGGCGAAUUAACCCUAAGAUCAAAAGGAUUAUGGGAUGUUCCUCAUCCAUGGCUGAAUCUUUUUGUACCGAAGUCUCGUAUCAUGGAUUUCAAUGCUGGUGUUAUUGUAGAUAUACUUCACAGAGAAAAGAAGACCAAAGGGCCUCUACUUUUCUACCCUACAACUAAAACAAAAUGGGAUGAUAGGAUGUCUGCAGUAACACCAGAUGAGGAUAUCUUCUACAUUUUGGGACUGUUGCAUUCAGGAAAUUUCAGUAACUGGCAAGAUUUGGACAAUCAAAACAAUGAAGUACUGGAAUUCUGUGAUAGAGCUGGAAUAAAGUUGAAGCAGUAUCUCCCACACUACAAAUCCAAGGAAGAUUGGAUAAAGCAAUUUGGUUCAAAAUGGAACACUUUUCAAAGAAGGAAAGCACAGUUUGAUCCAAGAAUGAUAUUGUCACCAGGACAAAAAAUUUUCAAUUCUGUUUGA